AUGGCAGAGCUUCACAAACGUCGACAUGAGCUCGGCGGCAGAAAGUUGUUCCCCGAAGGAGCAUCCUCCACAUCCAAAAGAGCCACGUCCGGUGCCAGCUCCACGGUACAUCUGAAACUGUUGGCUGCGGGAUUUUACGGAGUCAGUUCAUUCCUCAUCGUUGUUGUCAACAAAAGCGUCCUCUCCAACUACAGAUUUCCAUCGUCAACAUGUGUGGGAAUCGGCCAAAUGUUGGCUACUAUUGUAGUUCUGAGGACUGGGAAGGCAUUGGGUGUUAUCUCGUUUCCAGAUGUGGAUUUGAGUAUACCACGCAAGAUGUUUCCACUGCCUCUGCUGUAUGUUGGGAAUCAAAUAUCAGGGCUGUUUGGGACACAACGACUCAAUUUACCCAUGUUUACAGUUUUAAGGAGGUUCAGUAUUUUGCUCACCAUGGUGUUUGAGGGACUCUUGCUGAAGAAGACUUUCUCUGCGUCGAUUAAGAUCACCGUAUUCACCAUGAUCGCUGGUGCUUUUAUUGCUGCCAGCGCUGACUUGGCUUUCGACCUUGAAGGAUACAUAUUCAUAAUGCUGAACAAUGUUCUGACGGCGGCCAGCGGGGCGUAUGUGAAGCAGAAACUUGAUUCCAAGGAGCUGGGCAAAUAUGGGCUGCUCUACUACAAUGCUUUAAUCAUGAUUUUCCCCACUGCGGCAUACGCUUACUACUCAGGGGACUUGCAAGUGGGGUUGGAGUAUAAUGGAUGGUCUGAUCAGCUGUUUGUUUUGCAGUUUGUGCUUUCCUGUGUCAUGGGCUUCAUUUUAAUGUACUCCAUCAUGCUGUGCACGCAGUACAACUCAGCACUCACCACCUCCAUUGUGGGCUGUAUUAAGAAUAUUCUUGUGACCUACAUUGGAAUGGCAUUUGGAGGAGACUACAUAUUCACUUGGACUAACUUCAUUGGUCUAAACAUCAGCAUCGCUGGCAGCCUGGUGUACUCCUAUAUCACAUUCACACAGGAGCAAACAAGAAAGGUGUAAACCACGGAAUCCCAAUCGGACCCGACCCUAAUGAACUACGUACUGUAUGUCCAGAACACGUUUCAUGUCGUCUGUGUACUGUAUGAUGUUGAGAUGUCUAUUUUUGAACCAUGCUGUCAAAAUGUUCUGCAAACAUUUGUCAUACACAGUAAUUUAAGUGCCUAAACUUUAUUUUUAUAAUUACAUUUCACUGAUUAAUACAAAGUCAUGAGAAUUUUUACAUUUGACAAAUCAAUAAAAUUAAAGGUCAGACUUACAUUUUUGUAAAUGUGUUUUUAAUAAAUUACUCACCUGCCAUAUUGA